UUAUCUUUGGUCACGUGGUUGAAUGUCGCCGCUGCAGUCACCUGAUUUGGCGUGUUGACGCUAAUAGAGAAACAUGGCGGCACACUUAUCGUACGGGCGAGUCAAUUUAAACAUUUUGAGAGAAGCGGCACGAAAGGAGCUUCGAGAGUUUUUGGAUAAAUGUGCGGGAAGCAAGGCGAUCGUUUGGGAUGAAUAUCUGACGGGACCAUUUGGAUUGAUAGCACAGUACUCUCUACUGAAGGAACAUGAAGUGGAAAAGAUGUUCACCCUCAAGAGUGGAAAGCUUCCCUCUGCUGACGUCAAAAACAUCAUUUUCUUUGUUCGUCCAAGGCUGGAGCUCAUGGACAUCAUUGCUGAGAAUGUCUUCAGCGAGGACAAGAUGCAUUCGCCCCGAGACUUCCACAUUUUGUUCGUGCCCCGCCGGAGCAUGCUAUGUGAGCAGCGGCUGAAGGAGCAGGGUGUGCUGGCCUCCUUCGUCAACAUUGACGAGUACAUCCUGGACCUGAUCCCCUACGACGGCGACCUGCUCUCCAUGGAGUAUGAAAGUGCUUUCAGGGAGUGCUACUUAGAAAAUGACCAAACAAGCCUUUACCACACAGCCAAAGGCCUCAUGACCUUGCAGGCACUUUAUGGCACCAUUCCCCAGAUAUAUGGGAAAGGAGAUUGUGCUCGGCAUGUUGCCAACAUGAUGUUGCGAAUGAAGAGAGAGUUUGCCGGCAGUCAGAAUCAGAUCCUGCCAGUGUUCGAUACUCUGCUCCUCCUGGACCGUAAUAUUGACCUGCUCACCCCUCUGGCCACACAGCUCACCUACGAGGGUCUAAUUGACGAGAUCUAUGGAAUAACUAACGGUUAUGUGAAGUUGCCUCCGGAGAAAUUUGCGCAGAAGAAGCAGGGUGAGGCGAGUAAAGAUUUACCCACAGAGUCCAAGAAGUUACAGCUCAACUCGGCAGAGGAACUGUAUGCAGAAAUACGGGACAAGAAUUUCAACGCUGUAGGAACAGCACUCAGCAAGAAGGCCAAAAUCAUUUCAGCAGCCUUUGAGGAGCGCCACAAUGCAAAAACAGUAGGAGAAAUAAAGCAGUUUGUGUCUCAGUUGCCCCACAUGCAGGCAGCUCGGAGUUCACUGGCCAACCACACAUCGAUCGCUGAGCUGAUCAAGGAUAUCACUACAUCUGAGGCCUUCUUUGAAAAUCUAACAGUGGAGCAGGAGUUUAUGACUGGAGUUGACACAGACAAGGUGAACACGUACAUAGAAGACAGCAUUGCCCAAAAGGAUCCAUUGAUAAAGAUACUGCGUCUGGUGUGUAUGCAGUCAGUCUGCAACAACGGCCUCAAGCAGAAAGUGUUUGAAUACUACAAGAGGGAGAUUCUGCAGACCUACGGAUAUGAACACAUACUGACACUGAACAACCUAGAGAAGGCCAGUCUUUUGAAGCUACAAACAAGCUCAAGGAAUAACUACCCCACUAUAAGAAAAACACUCAAACUGUGGAUGGAAGACGCCAAUGAGCAGAAUCCCAACGACAUCUCCUACGUGUACAGUGGCUACGCUCCACUGAGCGUUCGACUGACCCAGGUCCUGGCGCGGCCCGGCUGGCGGAGCAUCGAGGAGGUGCUGAAGAUGCUCCCGGGCCCGCACUUUGAGGAGAGACAGCAGCUGCCUGCCGGCCUUCACAAGAAGCGUCAGCAGGGGGAGAAUCGGACAACGUUGGUGUUCUUCCUCGGUGGAGUGUCUUACGCAGAAAUAGCCGCCCUUCGUUUCCUCUCUCAGAUGGAAGACAGUGGGAUGGAGUAUAUCAUAGCUACCACAAAACUUCUAAAUGGUACAACUUGGAUCAAAUCCCUCAUGGACCGACCUGAAUCCCAGAUCUCCUGAGUCACCUGCGUGCACACCUGGCAACAUCAAAAGGCUCAUCCAUCGAUCGCAAAAACAGCUGUUUUUUAUGUCUAUAUCCGUGUACUGCAGGUGCCUCAUUGAUGUCUGAGCAACAACAAGCUCUUUAAUGGUGCCCUGUGGAGUUUUCUUUACUCUUGUGUUACUGUGUGUCCUUGAGCACUGAAAAUUUGCAUAGAUGAUUUAUUUAAUAUUUGAAAUACUGCAUUGUUGUGUCCAUGUUUUUGUCUUUUAUGACGCUUCUUUAACAACCAAUUGCUGAUUAGUGGAAAAUUGUUGAGCCCUGCGACAAGAAUGUGUUUCACGAACCUGCACGAUACAAACACAACGUUGACACACUAAUAAAAAGAUUCUCCUUCCAGUCCUUGAUUUGUACCCAGACUAUGGAAGAUGGUCUAUUAUUACUGUAUGUAAUGCACCCCUUUUCUCAUCUGGCUAUGUUUACAUCACUGAGGUCAUUGUUCUGCCUUGGAGUAGCUGUAAAUAUGUAUGUAUGAUUAAAAAUAUUUUUGUUGCUUGAAAACAUCGGUCACGCAUGUGAUAAUUAAAAGGGUUCUUCUUUUUUGCAGGAAGCUCUUUUUUGGCUAAUGGUAGGUAAAUAAAGACAUUACUA